CACAACAUGCAGCAAGGAGGAGGUGGCAAGGCACUCUAUCAAUUCUGAAGUUGGUUCGGUAUGAAGGAAUAUUCCCUAAUAAAACCAACCGGAAGAAAAUGAAAUGUUUAGAAAUGGCCACACCAUAAAUGACUACCGUAUAGUGGAGCUUCAAGUCUGAGAAACUUAAUUUCAUUCUCGCGUUUAUUUUUCCGUUCCUUGUGACGACAGAGGACUUGUAUUAGAUUGCGUGGUUGGGCCGUAACUACGGGUUAUAAGUAUGUCUUUGAAGGGAGUUUUAUGAAAUCGCUACCGCUGAACUUCAAGAAGAUGCUGCUAGUCUGUUGAAAUCCAUUUAUUAAACCGGUUGUUACAUAGUCUAAGAAUGACCGUGUGUGUGUUGGGGCAGUAACGUUAACCAUCCCAAAACCACCCUUGUGAAUUUUGUUUAGAAUGAUCAAAUGUAGCCAACGUGUUAUGUGAACUGUUUAAUUUACAAUAAUAAUAAUGCGCGAUUGAUGUUUCAGCUCAUGAGUAAAUGCGGGUAUUGAAUUGUAGUUUAUUAUUAUUGGGUUUAUUUCAAGAAUCGUCUGUCUACUUGUCUAGCGGCUAAAUGGACACAGUGGCGCGAGCAAGCUGCCCUAUUACAGUCUGAUAGACACUUGGACGUUAUUGGGAAUUUUUGGAUUAUUCUUCUUUCUUUGUGGGAAUUGCUGGAAAGGCCACUCAUACUAAACUCACAGAAGAUGUCGUCGUUCUUCAAUUUUCGUAAAAUCUUCAAGUUGGGGUCUGAUAAGAAGAAGAAACAGUAUGAGCACGUACACAGAGACGAGAACCCGGAGGAGGUCUGGGAGAUUAUUGGGGAACUGGGAGAUGGGGCAUUUGGGAAAGUAUACAAGGCCCAGAACAAGCAGACUGGGACCCUGGCUGCUGCCAAGGUGAUCGAUACCAAGACAGAGGAGGAGUUGGAGGAUUACAUGGUGGAGAUAGACAUUCUGGCCUCCUGUGAUCACCGUUACAUAGUCAAACUGCUGGAUGCCUUCUAUUAUGAAAGCAAACUGUGGAUUCUGAUUGAGUUCUGCGCGGGAGGUGCUGUCGAUGCAGUCAUGUUGGAGCUUGAGAGGCCUCUGACAGAGCCCCAGAUCCGGGUGGUGUGUAGGCAGACGUUGGAGGCCCUGGCCUACCUUCAUGAGAUCAAGGUCAUCCACAGAGACCUGAAGGCUGGGAACAUCCUUUUCUCACAGGAGGGAGACAUCAAAUUGGCUGACUUUGGCGUGUCCGCUAAGAAUACCAUGACGCUGCAGAGAAGAGAUUCUUUCAUUGGCACUCCAUAUUGGAUGGCUCCAGAGGUGGUGAUGUGUGAGACAUCUAAGGACCGUCCGUACGACUACAAGGCUGACAUCUGGUCCCUGGGGGUCACCCUGAUUGAGCUGGCACAGAUAGAACCUCCUAACCACGAGAUGAACCCCAUGAGAGUCCUGCUGAGAAUAGCCAAGGCCGAUCCACCCACACUCAUGCAGCCUUCACGCUGGUCACCAGAGUUCAAUGACUUUCUGAGGAAGGCACUGGAUAAGAAUGUGGACCGUAGGUGGUGCACAGCCCAGCUCUUGCAGCAUCCCUUUGUUAGCAGUGUAGUUGACAACAAACCGCUGAGAGAACUGAUUGCUGAGGCCAAUGCUGACGUCUUAGAGGAGAUAGAAGAAGGCAAAGAGGAAGAUGAAGAAGAAGAGACGGAUGCAACUCUGGUGGUGCCCGGACAUAAGCGAGCGCAAUCAGACACCAGCAUGGCCAGCUCUGAGGAUGAGAAGCUCUCUGAGACCACCUCUACACUGGACUCAGUCACAGAGAAGACAGAGCCUGAGACUGCAGAGGACAAGGCCAGUGAUAAGCUGUCUGACGAGGGCCUUGGGACCAGCGUGGGCGACAGGGCAGAGGGUGAGAAACUGAACGAGGUGUCUGAUGCCAGUAAUGAGGACUUAGUCAAUGGACAGGUGAAGGCCAUGGAGCCCAAACCAGAGGAAAGCCCUGCUGGAAAGCCUGAGGAGAUUCCUGACCGUCAGAUCACCAUUGUGCCAGAAGCACCAUCAGACACACAGGAGAGUGUGAUUGUGAGUGAGGAGACAGGGGAAGAGGAGAAAGUAGAGGAUGGACCUCCACAAGUAUUCCUGAAGGAAAGAGUAGAAGUAGAGGAGAAUAAGACAGAGGAGGAGGUGAAGAAGGAACCAAUCAAAGAGGAGCCAGAGGUGAUUCUCCAGCCUCCCACCAAAUUCACAGAUCCAGGGGACCAGCCUAGGAGUGCUUUAGAGGAGCCUGGCGCCGUAUUGACCGAGGUCAAUGCUAAACCAGAGAAGAUUGAGAAGGAGACGCUCGUUGAGGAGAUGACAGAGGAGGUUAAACCAGAGGCUGAUGGGGUCACAGACAUAAACACAGACACCGACUUGAAUGAAGACACAGACGCAGACAACACAGAAUCGGAUGUCAACACAGACGCAGAGGUAGACGCAGCUGAGGGCUCCACAGAGGUCUCUGCAGACACAGAAGCCCAAAGAGACAAUAAUGUAAUACCGGUGGUGAUUCUUGAGGAGGGGACCACAGACGAGAGGGAGGAGAAGCCACCAGAUGAGGAAGCUCCAUCCCAGGAUGCUGUUUCGGAGUCAAAGACCGACCAGGAAAGCACUCCUGUUAAGUCGGAGCCAGAUGUGGAGAAGGAUUCUGACUCGGGGAGCAGCUCUGCAGCAGAUAGCAACAGCAUGGACCUCAACCUAUCCAUCUCCAGUUUCCUGUCCAAAAAGGCUGAGGCGGGGUCUGUGUCCAUACAGGACACGAGACGGCAGAAGAAGACUCUGAAGAAGACCCGUAAGUUCAUGGUAGACGGAGUGGAGGUCAGUGUGACCACGUCAAAGAUAGUCACCGAUAACGACACCAAGAACGAGGAGAUGAGAUUCCUGAGGCGCCAGGAGCUGAGAGAGCUGCGUCUGCUGCAGAAGGAGGAGCAUAGAGCCCAGCAGGCGCUCAGCGACAAGCUGCAGCAGCAGAGAGAACAGAUCUACCGCCGCUUCGAGCAAGAGAUGACUGGUAAGAAGCGUCAGUACGACCAGGAGGUGGAGAAUCUGGAGAAGAAACAGAAGCAGACCAUCGAGCGGCUGGAGCAGGACCAUACCAACCGGCUGAGGGACGAGGCAAAACGCAUCAAGGCCGAGCAGGACAAGGAGCUCUCCAAGUUCCAGAACAUGCUCAAGACCCGCAAGAAGGAGGUGAAACAGGAAGUUGAACAGUCACCCAAAUUCAUGAGGAGAGCGCUCAUGAAACUCUUAAAGGAAGAUCUAGCUCUCAUUCAGACUCCAAAGGGUGUGGCCCAGAUUAUGAUACAGUCUUUUCAGUUGUCCUCAUGUGCUCUCUUCAACGCUCAGAUGCAGGAUGAGCAGGAGUUUCUGCAGAAGCAGCAGCAGGAGUUGGAUGGAGCCCUGAAGAAGAUCAUCCAACAGCACAAACAUGAGAUUGCCACCAUCGAGAGAGACUGCCUCAACCACAAACAACAGCUUAUGAGAGCUCGAGAGGCAGCCAUGUGGGAGUUGGAAGAGCGCCACCUGCAGGAGAAGCACCAGCUGCUCAAGCAGCAGCUCAAAGACCAGUACUUCAUGCAGAGACACCAGCUGCUCAAGAGACACGAAAAGGAAAUGGAGCAGAUGCAGCGCUACAACCAGCGUCUGAUUGAGGAGAUGAAGAACAGACAGGCCCAGGAGAGAGGUCGUCUGCCGAAGAUCCAGCGGGGUGAUGCCAAGACACGCAUGGCCAUGUUCAAGAAGAGCCUCCGCAUCACCUCUGCACCUGGCACCCCGGAGCAGGAAAGGGAGAAGAUCAAACAGUUUGCAGCCCAGGAGGAGAAGAGGCAGAAGAACGAGAGACUCCAUCAACAUCAGAAACAUGAGAACCAGAUGAGAGACCUGCAGCUGCAGUGUGACUCCAACAUCAGAGAGCUGCAGCAGCUUCAGAAUGAGAAGUGCCAUCUCCUGAUUGAACACGAGACUCAGAAGCUGAAGGAGCUCGAUGAAGAGCACAGCCAGGAGCUGCAGGAGUGGAGGGAGAAACUGCGGCCCAGGAAGAAGGCCUUGGAGGAGGAAUUUACACGCAAGCUCCAGGAGCAGGAGGUCUUUUUCAAGAUGAGCGGGGAGUCGGAAUGCCUUAACCCCACGACCCAGAGCCGAGUGUCCAAGUUCUACCCCAUCCCUAGUGUGCACAACUCUGGUUUAUAGCCCUCCCGAGCACAGGAACAUACUGGCUGGGCUCAUAGACUGUGUCCCCAUGGUGGCGGGGAGGACCUCAGCCCUGUUGUUAUCUGGAAACUAGCGUUGGUCUAUUGUGGAUUUUAGGCUAGUGUGAUGUCUUCACACAAGCAUGCACAUACACUAAUGUUCAGAAGUUUGGGGUCACUUAGAAAUGUUCUUGUUUUUGAAAGAAAAUAUUUAAAAAAAUAUCCAUUAAAAUAACAUCAAAUUGAUCAGAAAUACAGUGUAGACAUUAAUGUUUUAAAUGACUGUUGUAGCUGGAAACGGUAGAUUUUUUUGGUAAUGGAAUAUCUACAUAGUCAUACAGAGGCCCAUUAUCAGCAACCAUCACUCCUGUGUUUCAAUGGCACAUUGUUUUAGCUAAUCCAAGUAUAUCAUUUUAAAAGACUAAUUGAUAAAUGUUAGCACAGCUGAAAACUGUUGCACUGAUUUAAAGAAUAAAUAAAACUGUCCUUUAGACUAGUUGAGUAUCUUCAGCAUCAGCAUUUGUGGGUUCGAUUACAGGCUCAAAAUUGCCAGAAACAAAGACCUUUCUCCUGAAUCUCGUCAGUCUUUUCUUGUUCUGAAAAAAUUAAGGCUAUUGCAUGUGCUCUGUUCUGUGAAGGGAGUGGUGCACAUUGUUGUACGAGAUGUUCAGUUUCUUGGCAAUUUCUGACAUGGAAUAGCCUUCAUUUCGCAAAACAAGAAUAGGCUGCAGAGUUUCAGGUCUUUGUUUCUGGCCAUUUUGAGCCUGUAAUCAAACCCACAAAUGCUGAUGCUGGAGAUACUCAACUAGUCUAAAGAAGGCCAGUUUUAUUGCUUCAAUAAUCAGUACAACAGUUUUCAGCUGUGCUAACAUAAUUGCAAAGGGGUUUUCUAAUGAUCAAUUAGCCUUUCAAAAUGAUAAACUUGGAUUAGCUAACACAAUGUGCCAUUGGAACACAGGAGUGAUUGCUGGUAAUGGACCUCUGUACGCCUAUGUAGAUAGGUUUCCUGCUACAAUAGUAAUUUACAACAUUAACAAUAAUGUUAUUUUAAAGGAUAGAAAAUGUGCUUUUCUUGAAAAAACAUGGACAUUUCUAAGUGACCCCAAACUUUUGAACAGUAGUGUACAUAUGCAAGAGCACACACUUAUGUCUACACACACACACACACACACACACACACACACACACACACACACACACACACAGCAGUGUCAGCUGUCAUAUAGAGGGAUGCAAUCACAAAACUUUCCUUUUCAAGCCUUUAUUUUCUCCUUCUUCCCCCUUACAAUUUCACCCUUCUCAGCUCCAAGGAAAAUGUUGUCAAAAGUGACAAUUGCACUUUUCUGAGCAUGGUUAUGUUUUACCACUUUUAAAAUAGCUCAGGCAAAUUUCAAACCAAUUGCAAGUACCAAGUUUAUAAAGAACCCAGUGCCUAAAUGAAUUGACAUAAUGAUCGUGCUUUUCUCCAGACUUGCUCUCUUACCUGCAGCCCAGUGCUCCCCUGAGGCCUUUUGCACUAAAAUGGCUGGAAAUUUGUACAAACCAUGAAAUACCAUCAAACCUUUAUUUUUUUAGUGAUCCAUAUAAGCUGGUGGUUGAGUUCAUUCUAAGGUCGUUGAUUGAUGGAUAUCUGUUAACAAAUAAAAGUCAUUUUUUGGUAAAUCGUGAAGUGCUCAUUCACGUGAUGUACUAUGUAUGGAGUUGUGAUUUAUUUUAGAUACUGUGCUGUUGAAUCAAUCAAAUCAAACUGUCCUGUAUAUUAGAACAAAUGUUCCCACUUUCUUCCUAUUGUAAUCAGUAGAUAGUUUUUGUUAGACUUCUGGGUUGUCGUCAUGUCAGUCACCUUUCCUGUUAAAAAUCGACACAGCUUAUUGUCUUUUGGUUAUACUUUGAACACAUUAUUUUGGAUGUGGCAGACAUACAUAUUAUUACGCUGAAAGGAAUGUAAGCCGCUGAUCAUCAUUUUUCACUGUUUUAUGUGAACUGAGAACAUGCAGUAAUGGACUGUUAUGUAUGUACAGUGAGCUCCAAAAGUAUUGGGACAGUGACACAUUUUUAUUUUUUUGCUCUGUACUCCAGCACUUUGGAUUUUAAAUGAUACUUUAACCUUAUAGUCAUUGUACUCUGUAUUUGAAAUGAUACAGAGCUAAAACAACAAAACGUGUGUCACUGUCCCAAUACUUUUGGAGCUCACUGUGUCUUACAGUCAGUAAAGAAACGAGGGUCCACUUGGAUUAGUUCUAUUUUCAAAUGACUUUUUGCCGCCUCUACCCAAAUCUAUUUUAUCUUCAAAUGAACUGAAUCAUUCAAAGCUGUGGCGCCUUGCAUUUUGUUCUGUAUUUAUACUUUUAUUUUCAAUUUGAAAUAUGUCCUUACUAUUUUACUGGGUUGGGGUCAAUUCUAAUUUAAUUUAAAAUUCCAAUAAAUUGUUUGAAAUCACUUAUGAAGUGGAGAAUUUAAUUAAAUUCUCAUUUUUAAAAAGUCUUCAAGCUAUGGAAUUGAACUGGAAUUAUAUUGUUCUGACAUUUUGAAUUGGAAUUGUAAACCCAGUUAAUAAAGUGAAUGCACAUAGCAUCAAACAUUGACUGUAUGAUUUGAUUUGAAUCAUUUCAACUUGUAUUUCUAUAUUUCAGGUAUAGCUAGGCUGUCUGAACAGUGAUAUGGUCAGCCUCAAAGCCUGAGGGAACUGAAUUAGAAUUGGAAUUUGUUGAAUUGUUGCUAUAAUAUUGAGUUGAAUGGAAUUAUCUCAUUAAAGAUUGAUCCGGAACUUGAAUUUAAUUAAAUGGGAUUUACAGGGAGAGCGAUUUGAAUUGAAUUUCUGGAAUUGAUCUCAUCCCUGCUAUUUUAUGAUUACCAGUUUUCUAAAUAUGUAUACAUGUUGUAUCAAUGUACAUCUCAAUAUAGUCUUUGGACAUUGUUUUUGGAUGGACAAUAUGAUAUCUGUAAAUGGAAGUCAUUAUACUGUCCUAAUCAGUUGAUUCAAAUAAGAAUGUAUGUACUGUAUGUAAUUAUAAUAUGGACAAAGUACUGCUGACCCCUUCAAGUGAGUCCCCUUGACAUGAUGGCAAGCGCUCUAUAACAAACAUUCUUAUAGCAUGUCAUGGUUUGUGUAUGACGUCCUAAUAAAACAUAGAUGGCAUGCAAAGGGUGAAUGCUGUUAUUUUAUUACAAUGACAUCACGUCUUGAAUUCUGGAUUUGUAUUGGGAUAAUAUUACCCAUAAUGCACAUUAGGUUCAGGCCAUAGCGCUAGAUGGGGGUUUCAUCUUUGUAUCUGGACCAUUAUAGCAUCUGUGACAGCAUGAGCAGUGCCAUUGAGGCAAUCUCCAUUUUGAAGUAGUCAAUUUUCUUCUUUACGAUUGGCUGAUCCCCCCUGAUGACCCGGCUUAGACAUGACUCGAACAAGGCCACCAAGAGGGUUCAGCCACCCAGUUGACUACAUUAAAAUGGUGGAAGCCCUCAAUGGCGUUGCACAUGCUAAUACAGCAUUUUGACCACUAGAGGACUCUGUAAUUCUAUGUGGUUCAGGCAUUAUCAUAUUUCUAUUUUCUUUGUUUUACAAGCAGUUACUUUUUCAAAUACCUACAGGCACAAAAAUAUUGCUAGUAAUUGGAUAUUGAAAAUCAACAGGGGUUGAUUUAAUAUAUAGCACGUCAUGAGCCUAUUGUUGUUGCAUUUAGAUAUAAUGUCAUCCUGAAUAAACAUGCAUUUUUGAGGUCAGGUAAACUGUAUAAAAAUGUUUGUUAAUGGACAUUUGUGCUGUAAAUAAAACAAUAAUUAUGUUAAACUGUGUUCUUGUUUGUUCUUACUAAUAGUAUUUAUUGUUAUUUGUAGAAUUUACUUCAAGGUACAAAAAGCUGGUCAACAUCAACAUGACAAGAGUCCAUUUCAGUGCAGUUUUCUUUUCUCCACACAAAAUACAUUGCAAUAAUUUUCAAUACAUGGCUUGACAAGGAAUAAACAUUUAUUGAAAAUUAAGUUUUCUGAAGUUUUAAUGAAAAUAAAGAAUAAAUGACAAUUGUUGUUUUGAGUGGUUCAAAAGUGCCCAAGUAACACCUAAAAGUUUUGGGUGAAAAAUACUUUAAUGUUAUCAAUAAAGCUAAGAUCCAUAACUAUCAUUAUCUUUUUGAAAAGUACAUUUUCCCAUGAG